AUGUCAAGCGAUAAAAGACAAUUUUAUAUCUUAGAAGGCUUAAAUGUUUUAAUGUUAAUAGGUGUGAUUGGUGCUAUCAUUGGUGAUUGGUACCAUCUUAAAACAGACCUUGGAAAUGGAACUGUAGUAACCAGCGAUUAUAAUUUAUUCUAUACUAAAGUAAAUUCAGAUUUCAUCUAUAAAGACUAUUAUGUGAAUUAUUUAAGAUAUAAUGUUAGUAAAUUAUUUGUUGCUAUUGGAAUUUUCCAAUUCCUGUCGGCAAUUUGUUUAGUCAUUAGCUCAACAGCACUCACUACAUCACAUAGAAAAUGUACCAAACAAUCCUUAAAGACCAACAAAAUCUUUUCAGCUUUAAUGCUCUUCUUCCAAAUCGUUGCUGUUUGUGCAUUGUUUGGAAUUAAUAAGGCAUUCGACUGUAGUGAAUCUGCCAACGUCUCCAGCUUCUGUAAUAAGUUUGCCGGAAGUGUAGAAUCCAAUUUGGCUUAUAUUAAAUGGGGUCCAAGUUAUGGUUGGGGAUUCGCCAUUAGUGUUGUCUUUUUCUCGAUAAUCAGCAUCAUCUUGGUCUUCAAGAGAGCCAGACACCUCGAACAUCAUUGCCAUGACGAAGGAUACUCUCAAAUGUCCGGAACUUCUCCACUUGCACAACAAAACUACCAACAACAAUAUCAACCUCAACACCAACAACCAUACCAACCACAAUACCAACCACAAUACCAACCUCAAUACCAACAACAAUAUCAACAGUCAGCUCAUAACCAAAAGCAAUUCCCAUAA